AUGCCGUGCUUGCAGCACUUCCUGGAGGGUGUGCUCGGCGGUGGUGCGACGAGGACACUCCGUGGCGAUGCUGCACUUUCUCGCCCAGUCUGGGAAUCAGAGGCGUGUCCUUGGCCGCAGGAUGCAAGCUGCAGCUCCUCUGCCUCCACCUCCAGAAGCCUCAGGAACCACCAGGUGAACACCUCCUUCGAGAAGGAAGAAGGGAUGGACGAAGAGGAGGAGAUAGAUGAGUCGAAGCUGGAAAGCGGACUUCCUGACGACGACGAAAGGACAGAGUGCAACUUGGACUCCCUGAAGCUUGGCAACCAGACAGGCAAGUGGAGCAAAGAGAGGGAAGACAUAAAGUGGGCCUACGAUAACUCUUUGAAGGGCCAGGAAGUCCAAGUUUGGUGGCCUGGUCGUACCGACCAUGGCGAGUGCAACAACGUACAUGACGAGGACAGAGGCUGCUGGUUCAGGGCAAAGCUGCUCAAUGACCCGUACUGCACCGAUGCAAGCCGCUGCAUCCACUUUGCAGCGCACGAUGGCGAGCCGACAAACACCUUCAGCUGUCCCACAUGGAUACGAGAUCCUGACGGCAUCGGUUGCAGGCUGCCAAGAUUCAACUGGCAAGCUUGCCCGAUGAAGUUUGAGAUGAAGCGGGUUGACACAGGCAUCCCUCAGGAAUUCAAGCAGGCAUUGAGCACCCCGUGCUCUGCAGCCAAAGCGCCAGAGGCCCCUCCCGUUCCAGAGAAUCAAUUUCCCGUUCGGGACGAGCAAGGCGAGGUGAAGGAGGCACCGGGUGCACCUCCGGAUGAAGCCGCAGGAGAGGCUCAGAAGGUUCCUGCAAAAGACGACGGUGCAGGAAAAGAUCCAGGUAAAGAGCCGGAGAACGCCGCGCCGCCAGACGGCCACUGCAACGGGCCGACCAACGACAAAGACGAAGCACGCAUGAUCAUGGACCUUAAGAAGAAUGCCUGGUACCGCUGCAACGAAAUGAUGCGCUCCGUAACACCCAUAAGCUCCUUACAAUGCUCCAAGCGCUACGAAGAUGAGCAGUGCUUUGUCCACCGCGUCUCUGCGCUUCAGUCCACCUACCAGUGCGUCAAGGACUGGGUGUGCAUUGCAGGGGAACGGGCUGCUGCUUCAGAGACCGAAAAUGCCAUGGUCAUCGCAGACGGUGAUGAUGCCGCCAAGCUACUCGACUGCCGCGGUUUGCAUAGCUGCCAA